AUGCAUUUAAACUGUACUGAUUUAAAAGCCGAUGAUCGUGUCACUCGCCAAAAACUUCGAUGCAUUAAAAUAGUUUGUAACCGUUGCUCCUCAAUCAUAGAUCAGUUUAGCGAAGUUAAGGGUAUCCUAGAGACAUUUAAAAUAAAUAUUGUUAAAAAGGUUGAUUCUUUUGAUGAUAAACAUUCAAUAAUCAGCUAUCAGUAUUUAAGGACCAAGUUAAAAAUACCGAAUCUCUUCGUUCUCCUAAAUUUAUCGAAACUGUUACUGCAGAAGCAGUUGAUGCGCCAGGCCAAGAAUAUUCUAAUUCGCGAAAUCGCAGAGGCCCAAGGAGACAGCGCUGUGAAGAAAGAACACGAUAAAGAAAAACUCGGUUUGAUACUGAGCUCGCUCGGUUCAACAGCCGAAAUGGUUUCUUUUUAUGGAAUUAGAAAACCAAAUUCUAACAAUAAAUACCCUCGAAUGAUUAAAGUCACUUUUCAAUGCGAAUCUGAUGCUUUAUUCUUCGUUCGAAUCGUAAACUGA